GCAUCCUUCUGGGCAGCUCACGGCUUUCCCCUCUCCCGCCGUGUCGCCGCCUGCAGUGCCUGCUCUGACAGAUAGGGGGCAGCGAGACACACCUGCACCUCCGCUCGGCCGUGGGGUCUGAAUGCGGAGACCUCAGGUCACACACUGGGCCAGUGACUGGUCUUGGGCCUCCACAUGCCACAGUGGCCCUCAGGAGGAAUGGCAGUUGUGGGCAGCAUGCUUGGCCUGUUGCAGCAGCAUGUGGUGAUAGGGGCUGCCCCUGUGGUCCGCUGCCUGCACAUAUCUUCGCGUUGGGCUGACAGCAGCAGAGCUUCGCUCACUCGUGUGCACAGACAGGCCUAUGCACGCCUCUACCCCAUGCUCCUGGUCAAGCAGGAUGGCUCCACCAUUCACAUCCGCUACCGGGAGCCCAGACGAAUGCUGGCGAUGCCUGUGGACCUGGAUGCCCUGUCCCCAGAGGAGAGGCGGGCACGGUUCCGCAAACGGGAGGCCCAGCUCCGAGGGAAGGAGGAGCAGCAGCCAGAGCUCCUUGACAACUUUGACCUGGAGCGGUACAAGCAGUUUUGGACCAAGAAGUGAUCAUACCCACAAGCUGCCCUGGCUCAGGAUGCUGUAGAAGGGGAGGGCAUUCAUCUUUAAAUUGAGUAUCAGGAUUUUAAAA